CUCUCUCAUUGUGGUGAGCGGCAGCAGCAUGAGCAGUUGUCUCAUGGAACUCAGUCAUGCUAAGUUACCAGUCUCCUCUCUCCUCCUGCUGUUUUCUCUCUGCGAUCGCUCAUAGGUAGUGGAAAAUCCUCUCCGUUUUGACUCGCUCUAGUCUCUUCUCCUCCUCUCUCCUCCUCCCCUCUCCUCCUCUCUCCUCCUCUCUCCUCCUCUCUCCCCCUCUCACCCCCUGAGCUGGGGAUUAACGGGGCUCUGUGUGUGUGUGAGGGAGGGAGGGGGGGGGUUCAGGAUGGAAGCGAUGGCUCUCUAUUCGUUCCGAGCCACGGAGGGGGAUGAGCUCAGUUUCAACAAGGGAGACGUACUUAAGAUAAUCAACAUGGAGGAUGAUCCUAACUGGUACACGGCGGAGCUCAACAACAAGAAAGGCUACGUACCCAAGAACUACAUCAACCUCAGACCACACGCGUGGUUCGCAGGCCGUGUAUCCAGAGGGGUUGCAGAGGGCAGAUUGAGACCCAGAGAUCGCGGAUCGUUUCUCGUCAGAGAGAGUGAGAGCGCACCGGGAGAAUUCUCCAUGUCCGUCAGUUAUGGGGACCAUGUGCAGCACUUCAAGGUGCUCCAGGACAGGUCAGGACAAUACUUUGUUUGGGAGGAGACAUUCUUCUCUCUGAAUCAGAUGGUGGAGUUCUACCAUAGCAACAGCAUCGCCAAGGAGGGAACCGUCUUCCUACGAGACCCAGAACAGUCUGCCAGGCGCCCCCACCACGCCCAUGCUCUGUUUGACUUCACCCCCAACCACCCCUCCCAGCUACGCUUCCUCCGCGGUGAUGUCAUCGACCUGCUCGACUGCUCCGAUUCGCUGCGCUGGAGAGGCCGUUGUCAUGGACGCGUCGGAUUCUUCCCCCCGGAGUAUGUCCAGGCCGUCUACCAAUGACCCCGCCCCCAUCUGCCACUGACCUGUCAAUCAAACUACUGACCCCACCCCCAUCUGCCCCACCUCAUCUACCAAUGACCCCGCCCCCAUCUGCCCCACCUCAUCUACCAAUGACCCCGCCCCCAUCUGCCCCACCUCAUCUACCAAUGACCCCGCCCCCAUCUGCCACUGACCUGUCAAUCAAACUACUGACCCCACCCCCAUCUGCCCCACCUCAUCUACCAAUGACCUGUCAAUCAAACUACUGACCCCACCCCCAUCUGCCCCACCUCAUCUACCAAUGACCCGUAACAGCAGUCAGUUCUCAUGCUCUGUUUGUAUAGAACACAUAAAUUCCUUUACGUUUGUACUGAGUGUCUGCUUAUAUAUGUUUGGCAGUACUUACUAUUCUACUAUACUAGUAAACAGAACAGGAUGUUGAAUAUGACUGUUGUAUGACGACUUUGUAGUGAGGACCAGAGGGGCAGACUAUCAAAUAAAAUAAAAUGAAAGGUAUUUUAUAUAGCCCUUCUUACAUCAGCUGAUAUCUCAAAGUGCUGUACAGAAACCCAGCCUAAAACCCCAAACAGCAAGCAAUGCAGGUGUAGAAGCACGGUGGCUAGGAAAAACUCCCUAGAAAGGCCAAAACCUAGGAAGAAACCUAGAGAGGAACCAGGCUAUGAGGGGUGGCUAGGAAGAAACCUAGAGAGGAACCAGGCUAUGAGGGGUGGCCAGUCGUCUUCUGGCUGUGCCGGGUUGGAGAUUAUAACAGAACAUGGCCAAGAUGUUCAAAUGUUCAUAAAUGAACCAGCAUGGUCAAAUAAUAAUCAUCACAGUAGUUGUCGAGGGUGCAACAGGUCAGCACCUCAGGAGUAAAUGUCAGUUGGCUUUUCAUAGCCGAGCAUUCACAGUUAGAGACAGCAGGUGCGGUGGAGAGAGAGAAUCGAAAACAGCAGGUCCGGGACAGGUAGCACAUCCGGUGACCAGGUCAGUGUUCCAUAGCCGCAGGCAGAACAGUUGAAACUGGAGCAGCAGCACGACCAGGUGGACCUCGACUAUAUAUUCUGAUACGACUCUUCAUUUAGAAAGAUGGACUUGAAAACAAAAAGGGGGCUGAUUGGCUGGCUGGUUGUCUGGCUGGUUGGCUGGUUGGUUGGUUGGUUGGCUGGCUGGCUGGCUGGUUGUCUGGCUGGUUGGCUGGCUGGUUGUCUGGCUGGUUGUCUGG